CAAUAUUUAACAUUUAAACAAUAAAGAUCUCAUAUACAAAUUAAAAUAAAUAAAAAACAUUGCAUUAAAAAAAAAACAAGAAACUGUAAUAAAAAAUGACCUUUAAAGUGGUAUUAGCAUUAUGCCUACUUGGCUUGGUCGUAAACACCGUUAAGGCAAAAGAUUCCGAAAUUACCAAAUUCAUGAAACAUUUAGAAGUUAUACCUGAUGUUAUUGAGGAAGGACCAAAAGAUUUUCUUAAGAUUACUUAUGAUAAUGGCAUACAGGCCGAUAAGGGUGUUGAAUUAACUCCUACCCAAGUUAAAAAUCAACCAAAAAUUGAAUGGCAAGCAGAGGCAGGCACAUAUUACACUUUAAUAAUGACCGAUCCUGAUGCUCCUUCACGCAAAGAACCCACUAUUCGUGAAUGGCAUCACUGGUUAGUGGGUAAUAUACCCGGUGACAAUUUAAGUAAAGGAGAAGUUUUAUCCGAAUAUGUGGGUUCGGGACCACCAAAAGAUUCUGGUUUACAUCGUUAUACAUUUUUGUUGUUUAAACAACCUAAAAAAUUGGAAUUUGAUGAGAAACAUUUAACAAAAACCCAAGCAGCUGGACGAGAGAAAUUCUCUACUAAGAAUUUUAUUAAAAAAUACAAUUUGGGUGUACCGAUAGCUGGCAAUUUCUAUCAGGCCCAAUAUGAUGAUUAUGUUUUGGAAUUAUACAAACAAUUGGGUCUUUAAGUGAUUUGCUAUUUCUUAAGGAAAAAUCGUUUUCGUAAUUCCAUGUAUUUAUUAUAAGUCUUCACAAAUUAAACUAGUUUUUUUGUAAUUUUUUUUCUUUCAAUAUUUGACACCAUCUUUGCACCAAAAGUAACCAACAAACAACCGGUAGAUUAAAAAUUUAUUGUAAUGUUAAUAAAUCUUAUGAUUAAAAAAAACAACAACAACAAAUUAAUAAACAAAAAAUAAAUACCAACAACUUUAAGUUGUUCAUAAAACAAAACCGAAAUGAAAAAAAAUGUAUUAAAUAAAG